AAAAUAUUCCAUAACUAGUAGGCAGAGAUCUUUUCUAAGUUGGUGAGUGAGUACACAAGGAGAGAGUUGUUUAACAGCUGAGCCAUUCACUCUCUGUAACUCCACUACGGUGGCUAUGCAAUCAGUUCUCAUACUCAAUUCCGAUCUCUGCUCCAUAUCAUAGUUACUGGAUAAGAGAAUGACUGCAAAGUUUGAUUGGACACCUGCUUCCGAGCCUCACAAGAUGUCUGGAGCUACAUCCACAGCACCUUCUAGUAGCCAAAAGCUGUCUAAAUUUGGUGCCAAAUCUGGAUUUGUCAUCCCCAAAAACAAGUUAUUAGGAUCGUUGGUCCCCAUUUUACGAGGGGCUAAAAAGGAUGGGGUCACUGGAGUAAUCAAUGAAGAAAGUCCAAAACAAAUUGAGAGGAAAUCGAGAUGGGGGCCUGAUCCAACACAGGAUGCAUCUGUCAAGAGGGCAAAGGUUUUGGCUUUGCAGAUUCGAGUGGACCAAAUUUCAAAGCAGUUGGAAUCAGAAAAUCUAGAAAUUGGGGGAGCUCAAAACUCAUCAUUGGUGGAUGAGAACCCAGAUGAAAGCAAGUCUGGCUCUCAAACUAAUAGCAAGAAGUCAGAAAUGCUCGAACUCGAAAAACGGGAAGCAAUAGGUGAAAUACUAAAAUUGGAUCCCAGUUACAAGCCUCCACCUGGUUUUAAACUGUUGUUAAAAGAAGACAGUCUUCCUUUGCCUGUUCACGAAUAUCCUGGGUACAAAUUUGUCAGUCUAAUAUAUGGGCCUGAAGGUGAUAAUCAAAAGCGACUAGAGAAGGAAACCGGUACCAAGAUAAAAAUUCAUGGAACCAAAGCAGAUACAGAGGAAAAAGGUGAAAUUAAACCAGGUACUGAUGUCCAGUGCAGUUACAAAGAGAUGCACGUUAAAAUAUCAGCUGAUAGUUUUGAUAAAGUGGAUGCAGCAAUUUCCAUCAUUGAACUACUAAUUUCCUCUGUAACUGGGAAUUCGGCUGCUGAUUCCACUUCUGUAUCUGUUUCUGGGGACAACACUAACGUUCCAAAUCAAAACCAAGACGCCCUCCCAUCUCAUGCAAUUUCUCUAUCUCAGGAAAACCAGGAUGUGUUUCAAUCAGCAGCCAAUACACAAAUGCAAGGAGAUCGCUUUCAAUACUCUGGUUCAUGGUUUUCAGCCGUUCAUACCCCUCUAUUUGCUUCUUCUGGCAGCGUAGUCCCUCCAAAUCCACCGCACCUUGCUAGAAAUCCCCAUUUUCCACCACAAAGAAUGAGCCCUUCAAGUAUGAUUUCAGCUUUUGGUGCUCAACCUGCACCUGUUGCUGGGUUCCACCCGAUUAUUCCAAAUCAGCAGUUUUCUAUGCAAGCACCACCACCAACACAAAUCUUUCAGCAUUCACAAUGGACUCAAACAACUCCUUUUGGUCAUGUUGGGCCACCAAGAAAUCCUUCUGUAAUACCUGCACAGAAUUUGACAGCACCAACAAAUGCUUCAAUUUCAUUUCCAGCUUCUUUUAGCCAAAGCCAACCAACACCAACAGGACAACUCCAGACACUGACCCCUCACGGCGUAUCUUCUGAACUGAGUGGAGGACCCGUCAAUGUUAAAAUAUCUGUAGGUCUCAGCAAUAUGGGGUCUAUGGCUCCACAGGCGGUUCCCCCCAAAAGACUUGUUUCUCUAGGUCCACAACCAGAUGUACCCCAGCCAAAUAUGUCGGUGAUGCCACGACCUGGCAGCAUUCAUCCACAUCAUGCGGGAAUGUCGCCUAGACCAUCAUCAUCUGUGGGACCAAUACCAGGAACUGUUCAUUCAACUGGAAACCAUUUAUCAGGACCGAGAAUGCCUAAUUCUGCCUCUCAUUACACCCAUGUAAAACCACUGGCCUCCAUGCCUUCAAAUUCUGGCAAUUUUACUUUUCAAGGACAGCGGCCCAAUGCAGACUACUAUCAAGCGGUUCCCAGACCAAACAAUCAAGCUACUACUCAGGGUGGUUCACAAGAGCCACCUUCCGGUCCACGGCCACCACCAUUUGGAUUUUCUGUACCUGAUCAGCCUCUUCAAAGCUUUCAAAGGACACAAGUCCCCAACCAGGUGGAUCCAACUCAAGCUUAUGUCUCUGCUGCUCCUUUUGGGGGAAGACCGGGUUCUGUUUCAAUUCCACCCAGACACCCCGCUUUUCCCUAUGCUGGUCAACCUUCACCAAGAUCUCAAGUCCCACAAAUGGGUAUGAGGAAUUUCAUUCCUUCCCCUCAAAUGCCAAACUUACUCAGUCCUGGUGCCCAAAGAGGUAUGCACAAUCGACAAAGCUAUCCUGCUCAGGGAACAUGGCCAGAUAUUCCGAUGAGUCAGAAAUUUGGCAACAAUCCCUCCUUGGCGUCCAAUAGGCCAGCAUAUUCUGCUGACCAAAUUUAUGAUCCCUUUUCACCAACAUCUGUUGCACCUCCGCACCAGAAAGGUAAUCCUGGAAAAUGAGGGAACUGGAUGUGGCUACAUAUACUAAAUACUGACUGAAAAUCUUAGUUAUGGCUGCAGUGUUUGGCAGACAGAGUUAAUACUAAUUUAAUAGAUUAGCAAUGGACACGGUUGUAAAAUCAUGUUAUUUCUAACCAGAAAGUGUGGCUGGCUCCCAUUGAUGACUUAGUGUAUUCCUUUUUAAACCGACCUUUCUUUUUUGAAUGCGCAUUAUUGAUGCUUGAUUAGGAAUUGAAUAUUAUGGAACUUUGCCAGAGCAUAGUCAUUUUUCCAUCUUGUGUAAACUGUGUACCAUAUUUUCGGAUUUUUCACAUAA